ACGUCAUGAAAUAAAUGUCACUGUCACAAGUCACAACGUCAUCCAUAUUCCAUAUUUACAUUGAUUGUUUUGCAGAAUAUCAGCUUUUUAAAAUAAAUGUUAAGAAAUCACUAAGUUUUACUCAACGAAUAUAAAGGAGCCCCAAACAAAAUAACGAGAUGGUUUUAGCAGAUUUAGGACGUAAAAUAACGUCCGCCUUGCAGGGUUUAAGCAAGGCAACUAUUAUAAAUGAAGAGGUUUUGAAUGGAAUGCUCAAGGAGAUCUGUGCAGCCCUGCUGGAAGCCGACGUUAACAUCCGUAUGGUAAAACAAUUAAGGGAAAAUGUGAGAGCUGUAAUUGAUUUUGAUGAAAUGGCCGGAGGGCUGAAUAAAAGGCGAAUGAUACAGACUGCUGUAUUUAAAGAAUUAGUGAAGCUUGUAGAUCCUGGAGUAAAAGCCUUUCAACCAGUCAAAGGCAGAGCCAAUGUUAUAAUGUUUGUUGGUCUGCAAGGUUCUGGUAAAACUACAACUUGUACUAAACUGGCAUACUAUUACCAAAAGAAAAAUUGGAAAUCUUGCCUCGUAUGUGCCGAUACUUUCAGAGCUGGCGCUUACGAUCAAGUGAAACAGAAUUGUACUAAAGCUAGAAUACCUUUUUAUGGAAGUUAUACAGAAGUAGAUCCUGUGGUAAUUGCUCAAGAUGGUGUAGAUAUGUUUAAGAAAGAGGGUUUUGAAAUUAUCAUUGUAGAUACCAGUGGUAGACAUAAACAAGAAGAUUCUUUAUUUGAAGAGAUGUUGCAAGUAUCAAAUGCUGUGAGACCAGAUAAUAUCAUAUUCGUUAUGGAUGCUACAAUUGGUCAGGCCUGUGAGGGUCAAGCAAAGGCCUUUAAAGAAAAAGUUGAUGUUGGUUCUGUCAUAAUUACGAAAUUAGAUGGUCAUGCCAAAGGUGGUGGAGCUCUUAGCGCAGUUGCAGCAACAAACAGUCCAAUAAUCUUUAUUGGUGUAGGAGAACACAUAGAUGACUUAGAACCGUUUAAAACAAAGCCAUUUAUUAGUAAAUUAUUAGGCAUGGGAGAUAUUGAAGGUCUUAUUGAUAAAGUAAAUGAAUUAAAGCUCGACGAUAACGAAGAGUUACUAGAAAAGAUCAAACAUGGUCAAUUUACUUUGAGAGAUAUGUACGAGCAGUUCCAAAAUAUUAUGAAGAUGGGACCUUUUUCACAAAUCAUGGGAAUGAUUCCAGGAUUUAGUCAAGAUUUCAUGUCCAAAGGUAGUGAGCAGGAAUCCAUGGCAAGAUUAAAAAGAUUAAUGACAAUAAUGGAUAGUAUGAACGAUGGGGAAUUGGACAGUAAAGAUGGAGCAAAACUCUUUUCAAAACAACAAGGUAGAGUUAUUAGAGUGGCACAAGGAUCGGGGGUUACAGAACGCGAAGUUAAAGAACUAAUAACCCAAUAUACAAAAUUCGCGGCAGUUGUAAAGAAAAUGGGCGGCAUUAAGGGUCUGUUCAAGGGCGGCGACAUGGCAAAGAACGUCAACCAAAACCAAAUGGCCAAACUGAAUCAACAAAUGGCGCGCAUGAUGGAUCCGAGGGUGCUGCACCAAAUGGGCGGCAUGAGUGGCCUGCAAAACAUGAUGAGACAGUUGCAAUCUGGGGCGGCGGGCGGCAUGGGGGGCUUAGGCAAUUUAAUGGGGGGGUUUGGAAAACAGUAAAGGAAUUCGGGAAUGGUGUACAUUUUAUAAAUAUCAAUUCGUUGUACAUUCUUUUUAAAAAUGUUUUAAACAAUAAAAUUUGUUGAUAAGUGAUAGGUUAGAUAAGUGACUAAUUUAGUUAUUUAGCUAAAUGAAGAUUAUUGGAUUUCAUUUAUUCCUCGUUUGUUGUUUUUUUUUAUAAAAUAUAUUUAAAUAAAUGUAACUUUAAGUUUUCUUUUCA